AUGGAGAAACAGUGGGAUGCGCUAAAGGAUAUUCCCGACCUCCACGGGAAAGUGGUUGUCGUGACAGGAGGAACGAGUGGCAUUGGUUUUGAAACAGUUCGACUUCUCGCUCAGCGUGGAGCAAAGGUGUACUUCACAUCACGAUCCGAAUCCAAGGCACAGAAGGCAAAGGACACCCUCCUAACCAACUAUCCGGACACCGACGCAAAAAACAUCGAAUGGCUGUUAUUGGACCUAUCCGAUCUAAAGAGCAUCGAUGCUGUCGCUCAUGAGCUGAACGAGAAGGAAAGCAAGGUGGACAUUCUGAUUAAUAAUGCUGCGUUUUCGACAUCGUCCAACGAAUUAGUGUAUGGUAGAUGGGACCAACACAUGGCGGUCAACUAUAUCGGUCCUCUCCUUUUCAUUAAUCGUGUUAUGACGCUUCUUAAGAAUGCUCUGAAAGCAAAGGACGCCGACGUGAGAAUCAUAAAUCUCAGUUCACUCGCCCAGGUUACAAUGCUGCCGCAAGACUUUGAAUUUCACUUCGACUCUACCGAUUGCCUCAGCAACCCGGUUCGUUCACACCCUUGGCAAUGGAAAUAUAUCGGCAGACUUAUGUUCGGCUAUGAUCUGCCCCGCUACGCCGUUUCAAAGGCCGCCGUUACUUCAUUUACAAAGGAAUUACAGCGUCGGCUGGAUGAGCAGGGUCUUCCUAUUGUAACUGUUUCCGUGCAUCCAGGAGAGGUUGCCACUGAGGGUGUAAUGACGAUCAACAACCUGUUCAUACGGACUAUCGCCCGCCUCUUGUUCGUCGCGUCCGAGCAAGGUGCUGCGACAUCUGCCUUCGCUGCCACCGCAACAGAGGUCCGACAGAAUAUCGAGAAGUAUAAGGGGAAGUUCCUAGUGCCUAUUGGCAAAGUUGGGUCUCCCAAUGCAGUUGUUGAGGAUGAUCGACAGGUCAAAGGACUGUGGGAGACCACGAACAGGGAGGUUAAUGAGCAACUUCUUACUGAGAACCUUGCCCCGUUAGACGUGUGGUGA